AUGUCGUUGCCUCUUCCCCUAGAACUAAUUUGCGAAAUCAUCGAUUUCUUACUCUCCUCUGCCCCACCGCGCUUCAACGCAAAACAUCUCGGCUGGUCAACCAAACACAGUUGGCACGCACUCAACGCGUUCAGUCUCACCUCAAGAACGUACCGUGCCCUCGUCCUUGAAGCUUGGUUCCGCACUCUCUAUGUUGAGUCGCCUAAGGAUUUGGAAUACGUAAGGUGCUGUUGGCCUGAGGUGGGAGCAAGGUGGACUAGGCACCUACACUGCGCCCAAGCCUACAGCAGCUCCCUCUCCCUUUGGGACCUUUCCUAUCUCCCGCACAUCUCCUCCAUCCGGCUGGAUUGGCUUCCGCCCUUCUUCAUGCAACCUUUCCAUUCUCGCCCCAGUUCGAAGUCAGGCUUGCCCCUAUUCAACUGCUCCUCUUCGGUCGAACACCUUGACCUGCGCGGAUUUUUGUGGCCUAUUCUCGAGGUGCUCCAGAAUAUCUCUCAUACCCCGGGCCUUGCGUAUCUGAAGACUUUUACAAUAGAGCGAGAGAUGACGUGGUGUGGAUUCUGCGGUAGCUUUUCUAGUGUCCAAUUCAAGGAUAUGCCGACUGCGGUGUAUGAGAGGGGCUAUGGGUUGCCUAUCGACUAUGCGCGCGCUCUGGCCCCACUGGAAUACCUCGAAAAAGUCGUGAUCACCGUAAUACACUACCCCCUUGGGUCGACCACAACCCCAACAAUCCCAGAUCCAGACCCAGAAACAAAUCCGAAUACAAAUCAAUGGAUGGGGGAAUGCGACAAGUGCGUGAAAACUAAGAAUGAGAAUGACGCCUUCCGCCAGAAGUCGGUGGAUAGGAAGUGGGGUGUUGAUGUUUGCCGCGAUGAUGAUGAUGGCAAGGAUACGAGGCCACCCAAGUUGAGGAGCAAAAAGACCCACCAAGAACCAAAGACUAUCACCCAUAUUCACAUCACCGGUCAAGGCAUCAGGGCAUACGAUGAAAUUCGCUCGUUUCUCAAGACUUUUAGAUCCACUACAUUGAUCAGGACGUUUUAUCAAAGCCCUUUCACAAUCGGCUCCUUACUUGCACAUACCCACCAACAUGCACAAGGCUCACGCGGAAUUGGUGCUCGCCUGACGUGGGGACUAAAUGGACCAGAAGCUGCUCUCUCUCCCUAUCUCGUCAGACUGGCACUUCCCCAUACUCAGGUCAUGUUUCCCCUUCCGCUCAAAGUGCUAGGAACGCCAACACCGCCCGAAUUCCGCCCUACAUUGACCUUUCACGCAGCUCGGCCUGAGUGCCCUUACGGUGGCCUGAACCUGUGGAUCUUUAGGCUAUCACUAACAUUCCGGACUUUGGGCGUCGCGUUUGAAGACGUUGUAAAUGAAAUCACGUCUGGCGUGGUGCCGACCGGGGCAGUUAGGGGCGUCAACUACCUAUCAAGCCAUCACGGGUAUCAUCAAUCCAGCCCGGACUCGGACGAUUUGGCAGGAGAGCGAUUUCUUCAAAUGGCGUUUUGGUCUAUCGCGCAACAUGCAUUGGCUACUAGCGUUUGCAGUUCAGUGUAUACCCCUUCCCGCUCCGCUACGAUUCCAUCUCCGGUCACGUUUGGCCGCCUCGAGCUGAUUAGAGCCUAUUGA